AUGAGCAGCACCUCAGUGGCUUUAAUGGGAUAGAGAUAAAAUAAGAGUCAGUACGUUGCUGAUGAUAAAAUGAUGAACCUUUGACCACACUCACACAUUCACGCACGCACGUGAGCUCACGUACAGGCCGUUAUUGCAGAGAAGGAGCCACUGGCUCCAAACUGCAACAAGGGCUCAGAUACUGUGAUAAAACUCACUGUAAUCUAACCACAAUGAAAGUAACGCUUGUUUGCGAACAACAUUCAAUAUGAUAGUUAUAAACUAUGUAGCAGAAGGAAAAAUAAUGUAAUUUAUAAACGUUAAGGAGAAACGAUUUUACCGUCAGUGGAUGGCGGCCAUGAUGGAAUAAACCAUUACAUUUAUGAGGGGGGUAAAUAUGGUUUGUAUAUGUUUAAACUGACAUUCGUUCAAAUAUAAUGAUGAAAAGACAGACAAUAUAAAGAUAAAGAUGCCAUAAAGUACAAAUAACAACAAAACUACCCUUUUAACCAGAAAUACUGGAAUAAAUCUAUAAAACGGAUCACACUUGACAUGGUAUAACCGGAACGAACCAUUAAGCUAUGCAUCGCUGAAAAGGUUAGCACGAGUUUAGCUUUUCUGUCAUGCUAAGUACACAGUUACUCGCACCGUGUCUUUUUAUAUUAUAUUUUCCACAAAUGUAUAAUGUGUUCUAUCUGCUGAUGUAGCACUAUAGCUUGUGGUUGCUUUGUUCUGUUCGCCGUGGACACUGUGUGGGCGGAGUGGAGAUUGUAAUACAAGGCAAAGCGCUUCUUCAGACGAGCCGUGAGUGUUAACAAACGCACCCAGGAUGUAGGCUUUACGGAAGAGGAGUCCCAGGCGUGGCAGUAGAACUUCCGUCUUCUACAGCUGCAAAAUGACGGCGACUCUACGUCCGUAUUUGAAUGCUGUGAGGGCCACUCUGCAGGCAGCCCUCUGCUUGGAGAACUUCUCUUCUCAGGUGGUGGAGCGUCACAACAAGCCCGAAGUAGAAGUCAGAAGCAGCAAGGAACUUUUACUCCAACCUGUAGUGGUCAGCCGUAACGAAAAGGAGAAGGUUCUUAUAGAAGGAUCCAUUAAUUCAGUCCGAGUCAGCAUCGCUGUCAAACAGGCUGAUGAGAUUGAGAAGAUACUUUGCCAUAAAUUCAUGCGCUUCAUGAUGAUGAGAGCAGAAAACUUUUUUAUUCUUCGGAGGAAGCCAGUUGAGGGGUAUGACAUCAGCUUUUUGAUCACCAACUUCCACACAGAGCAGAUGUACAAGCACAAGUUGGUGGACUUUGUCAUUCACUUUAUGGAGGAGAUUGACAAGGAAAUCAGCGAGAUGAAACUGUCGGUCAAUGCUCGAGCUCGUAUUGUUGCAGAGGAAUUCCUAAAGAAUUUCUGAAGUUGCCAUUUCAUAAUGAACCUACCGUAUCUGUAGGAUGCACAAGGGGCCAAAUCUACAAAGAAAUGGAGAAGUGCAAUGGAGAAGGGCCAACUGGUCAGGAUAUGAGAGGAAAACGACCCUCCUGGCAAUACCAAAAUUAGUUUAUGUCUCCAGCAGUUUCCUGUACUCAUGAAUAUCACUGACUGUAUAUAAUGAAAUCUUUAGUUGUUUCAUUUUCUGCUACUUAGAACAAAUCCCCAAAUCAAAGGCGGGUCCUUCAAAGUAUUGAAUUUGAUAAUCAUGUUUACAGGGUUGUUGAGGCUGUGUACAUUCACAAUUGCCAGGUUUUUGUAUUGUCUAUUUCGCCAUUGUUGUAUUGUUCCAAAUAUGUCAUCAUGAAAGAAUAUGUGCAGUUAUUGUCAAAGAACAGGUCUGCUAUCAAAAACAUGAGAUUUAUGAUUGAAAAUAAAAGUCAAGUGUUUAUAUA